AUGAUGCGGCUACCACGAAUACGCGAGUUAAAUGACACGCAUCCAUUGUCCACAUCAACCCCGUACAUUGAUGCAGCCGUCCCGGAGCCACCCAUUCCCGACUGGCCUCGGGCACUCGAAUUGACUCCAAUCAAUACACAACAUUCUUCUCCUCGGCCACCGUGGAAUGUGUCCGAUAUGACCUCGGAUGAUUCCUGUCGUAUGCCAUUGCUCAACCAUGAUGCUGCCCCGACCAUUGCCGCACGCUUCACUCUGUCCUCUUUGGAUACAUGUACUCGCGAUCAGGGUCCGGUUGCACCCACUGCCAGCCCGUCUGACGAACAGUCAGUGCUUCUCUCACCAGCUUCCUCCGCUUAUGGGAAUAAAAUGCCACAAUCGCUAAGCCCCUCAUGUUCCUCGUUCCACGUGGGGGAUGAUGCGAGCGCUCCGGCCGAACGGGCCCAAUCGCUUUGUGAUGUUGGCCGCACGUCAGAAAGAAUCUUCGGGUCUGCAACUGCGGAUGUGGACGUGCUCAAUCCCACUGUCUCAGGUUUAUUUCAUCGUUUGCUUGAAAUGGAGAGCCAUAUUUACGAACUGCAAACCCGCCUAGACACUGAUUUGAAUCGUAUACAUACUCUGGUUCAGGCUGUGCCGACGCUACAAAACAACUCCAGACAAACCAGUGCUCCGGCAUAG